AUGCCAGUGAUUGACGAUACUCUGAAGGACGAGUCCGAAGAAGAUCUUAAUAUUGAGAACGAGAUGCUCAUCAUACAAGGAUCAAUCGAGGAAGAGUUGAUCAUGAGCCAAAAUUUGGAGACUGCGGAGGAAUAUGCUCAGUGGGUUUACACCUAUGUUCACAUCCUUCAUCGGGAGCUCAACCUCGCCAAUAUCAUGGUUGGCGAAAAAGACGGGAAGAAAUACGGUGUGUUGGAUGACUGGGAUCUGGCGAUAUCGCUGGACAAACAAGAAGAAACUCCAACCCUACAUUAUCGCACGGGAACCAGACCUUAUAUGGCCCUUGAACAACACUCGUGUAAGUGGAAAGGCCUACACCGCUAUCGCUAUGACCUCGAAUCCCUCUUUUACGCGAUCCUCUUGGUAGCGUCCUCCCCCAGUCCAAGUGAAGAAUGUGAACAGAACAGCGAUGAUGAUGGUGCUGAUGACUACUGUCACUGGAUUGACUAUGGUAACAGGUUUCUUCAUCGCGAGAAGAUGUUUAUCAUUAUUCUUCCUUCAUGGGAACCUACCGUAACUCAUUUUUUUCGUGGGUUCUUUCAAUGGCUUACCGAAUUACAAACAUGCUUGAACCAUGGCUUCCAUGCGUUUCGGCGCCACCAAAGAGACGAAAUGGACGCAGCUGAAGCAGCGAAGAACCGGGAGCGCAAACGAAAAAAGGGUCAAAGUCAAGGGGAGGAGUGGCAACCACACAGCCUCAACAAGUACUAUUUAUCUUCGAUGAGGAUACGUUAG